AUGUGUCGCCUCGCCAAAUGCCACUACACUGUUUGCAUGUGUUGGUCCCGCAACGAGUACGUCCACUGCUCAAAGGCACGCCCAAUCAAACACACAGAAGACUACAAGCCAUGUACUAGCAAACCACCAACAGUUCUCAAACUUCUCAUCGGCUGGUGUGAUAAAUGCAUGUCGACAAUCGAGGCUCACUACGCCAACGCUGAGACUUUCGAUAGGAACAGGCCGGCGAUCAAGUUCAGAGACGCCCUGGCCGUCCGAAGAUUCUGGGGCCUCCAAACUGCCAGCCGCGAUCUAGCAAAAGUCCGGGAGAUUUUCUCGAGGCUGCACGAUCCCGGGACGUCGUUCCAGUGGGAUACCGUCAUUGAUUAUUCGCACAUGACUAUUCAGCCAGGUCACAUCACCUGGGAGGGGAAACUCGUGCAAGAUGUGUAUUACGCGGCAAAGGCUACUGCAGUUUUGCUCGGGCCGGAUUCAUAUGACCCCAAUGUUGUGAGCUGGUCUGAGAUUACGCAGCGGGCGAGGGUUUACACGAUUGUCUGGGCGAAUGGGUAUGAAGAUGGAGAGAGGCAUGCUCCGAGGGUGCCUCUGUUUAUGGAUAAGCCGUAUGAUAAGGACUUUUGGAAGUUGACAGCACCUGAGAUCACUCGCCCGGCAAUGCGCUUCCAGUACUGGAGGGAUAAUCCGACAAGUGAAGGCUCCGAGCUUCCUCCUCCUAGCUACACGCAUCUCUUUCCAGCACCUGGUCGCAGUCUCGGACAUUAG